UCAGUCGAAGAGACCAUGUCAAAGUUGUUCGUGAAUGGCUUCGAUGAGACCAAGGAAAUGGAGAACCUUUAUAAUAUGCCUGAUGAUAAUGAGUCUGAGAAAAUAUUUUCUACAAUUGAGAUAGAUGAAUACUGGGAGAACCUUCGUGAAGAAGCUAUCCACGAGACUAACGUCCAUAUCCAAAUAUCUAAACCCUUAGCAAAAGAAGAGCCUACUGAAUCCGAUAGGAUCGUUAAUUAUCUCAAGCAUAAGCAAUAUCCUCAAUGCUUAAGAGCCGAGGCAAAGCAGAAGGAUCAAGAAGUUUUAGGAUCCACUUCCUACUCGAGAAAAAUUAAUGACCUGAAGCUAAAGUUGUUCGAUAUGGAGAAGAAGUACCAAGAGGAAGUCCGAGCGCGAAGGGACUUGCAAGCAGAUAUAAAACAACUUAAGAUAAUGGUACAUAAGGAACACCUCCAAAGUGUGUAUAAAUAAAGUUAGCGAAGAGGCACAAGCACAAAAUCAUAUGAAGCUCAAGAUUCUUAAGGAGAGAUAUGAUCAGGAAUUUAAUGUUGUUCAUAAAAAUUAUCAUGAGCUAUAUUUUGACUACAUGAACAACACGGAACUUAACCAUAAAAUGUCCCUUAUGUCCUUAGAACAGGAACAGGUGCUCAUACAGAUGAGACUCAGAACUCAGAUGUCCCAAAAUAAGCAAGGGAUAAAUAAAAUUUCUACUGAAAAACCGAAAAUUAUGAAGAAAGAUUCCUUACACAUAAAAUACCAGGACUCUCAGGCUGAGUUAAACCAGCUCCACUCUGAAAUUGAUAUCCUUAGAAACCAAUACACUGAAAUUUUAAAAUAAAUGGGAGAACUCUGAAACCAUUAUAAAGGAAAUGAAGGGUGAAAUUGCCAAACUCAAGGAAGAACAUACCCACAACACCCAGUUACUAAAUAUAAAAUAUGAAAUAAAGGAGAAGUGCUUAAAGGAUAAGAUACAACAACUAGUCACGAAGCUCUCGCAAACUUCUAAAGAUUUCAAAAAUGAGCUGAAACUGAAUGAUGAAAUUAUUAAUAGAUACUGCAAGCAUAAUGAUAACCUGAAGAAACAGGUAGUUUUAUGCAAAAAUGUCAUCAAGAAUCCUAAAAUGAUGGCCCAUUCUAUAAGGAAAUACAACUUUGACGAACUCCAGGUAUAUCAGUAUGGCGAAAUUAAGAAAUCCCAGUCCAGAAAGGACUGGAGGAAGAGUUUUGAUAGAGAACUUAAGUCUAUCACUGAUUCUGAACUUACUUCUUACGAAAACUUCGUGGCUAAUGACAAAGAGAGGGCCAAGACAAGGGAUAUUAGCCAGAGGAAGAAUAGGAAGCAACUUAAGAACAUUAUUACUAAGAUAGCCAGGUCUAACUCUGGAUCUAAAAGUAGCUUAGGGUACUUUCAUUGUGUAAAGGUUUAGGAUGGUUGAUAAUUGGAAAUAUACAAGUCCUACUUUUACUCGCUCUCAAAGGAAAAAGUCUUAUGACCGUCGUUCCCUAUUACAGAAAUCAAAGCUAAUGCAUCAGUUCAAGCAUGUUCAGAAUGAUUCCACAACUGCUCGGAUAACCCCUUGUUAGUAGGAACUGAAUAAAUUCAUAUAUUUUGAAACUCAUCUUGAUAUCAGGAAUAAUAAAUUAGUGUAUAUAAUUUUAUCAAUGUGUA